AUGUUUUCAAGUGCAAUUCAGAAAUGUUGCAGUGCAUUCGCAUGCACUUCUACACUCGUUCCAGGAGUUGCAUCACAUUCAGGUCUGCACUUGCAGUCGAAUUCAGUACCAUCUGAUCAGUGUCAUUCGAUUGAUGCUUGUCUAAAAACAAAGCCUUCGUUCAAAAGAAAUUCUCAUGAUCUGCAAAAUGGAAAAUCACUGGUUAUGAAAAGUUUUCCGGAAUAUCCUGAAGAUGAUAAACUUCGGAUUCUGAAGGAAAAUCCGGAACAUUCUGAAAAGCGGAAUUUGGCACAACUCGUUUCACGAAAAGAAUUCUAUCUACGGGAAAACGAAGUUAAAAUGGCGAGAAAUACAGGCAUUGGCAUCGGUGACGAAAAAAUGGAAACAUAUCUGAUGAAUGCUCUACUUUCGAAAUCUCCGGAUGGAAGUACGCUCAGUGGUAUGAAUAUUGCUGUGUUUGAUUUGCAUUCAAGACGUUUUGCUGAACGAUUGCUAAAUGCCGGUGUUUCUAGUCUUUCCAUUAUUGAGACAUCUCAAUAUGAAGCUCAAAAAGCGAAGGAAUAUACAGAGAAGAUUCGAAAAAAGAAAGGAUUGAUAGUUGGAGCAUAUAGAGCUAACAUGGAAUCAUUAUUUCCACUUUGUACACGGAAGAAACAGAUAAUAUUCCCAGCUAAACUACUCUUCGCCAACCAACAGCUCAUGAAGAGUGCUAUUAAUCCGUUUAAGUUACUAAAAGAAAGUGCCGCACAAAUUGAUGACGAAUCCGGUAAUAAACAAAGAUUUGCACCGAUAAUAAUCGGUUGUUUACCAACAGUUAGUCAGCAGUCUAAUAUGCUUACUUCAAUGAUAUUUAAUUUAAUCAUGCAUUUAUGCGCUGUGAAGAAGGAUACAAUGUUUCAGUAUGGUGCUAUACAGCUUAUCACAUUUCUUUCAGCUAGCAAUUUUGUGCUGGCAACGUGUGCUGUGGAUCCCAAUAUGCAGUUCGUAUCGAAUGGAAUCAAACACAAAUCCUGGCUACUCAACAAAUUAUUUGCUGUUAAACCAUUAUCUGGUUACUCAGGAUUUCCAUAUAACACUUUUAGCCCCCCAUUUCCGCUAUCUAGUUCUUUCUCUUAUGAGAAAAAAUUUAAUUCGAUUGGUAUUAGGAACGAAAAUCUAUAUGGUGUGACAAUAGAACCGAAAAACGAAAUUGAUAUUGGUAAUCUGAAUUUAUUGGUCAGUUCGAAUGAGGAAAUUCUAAUGAAGUACGCAUUUUGGAUUACUUUUACAGGCAAGAUGACUGCUAAAACAAAAGUCGCCCAAAAACUCAGGGAAUGGCUUCCAAAAGCAAACAUAGAUCUAAGCUCUCUGGUUGAAUCCGAUGCUAAAGUUGCUGAUUUGAAACUGGAAGAUUUCGAUAAAAUAUUUUCUUUGUUGCAUAUAGAGUUGAACGAUGAUUUUGCGCAUAUUGGUGAGCUAAGGAAUUUUUACGCUCACUUCAGGCCUGCAAUUGAAAAUGCUAAAUUUGCCGAUUAA